UGCGAUGUUUCUUCUUUUCAGGUUUUGUUUGUCUGGGUGAACGUCGCCUUUCCACGCGAUAGCCGCGUUCUUUGCCCGCUCGACACGGUAAACCCCCGAAGAUUUCGACUGUACCUAUCUGUCUGGCAGGGAAAAUAAUAUGGACCCAGAAACGCCUGGACGGCCAAGGGCGAGCUCGGAAGAGGCUUCCCCUCGCGACCUCCGAGGCGCCGAUGCUCGUUGGGAACGCCCAGUUUCACCUACGAGAGUGGACGAUGAGUCCCGGACGACCGGUCGCGCAGACGUGCGGCCGGAUAACUGGUCCAUCCCAAGACAGAGAAGCACCAGCAGAGGCAUACCAAGCCUUACUCGCCGACUGUCGCUGGCCGAGCGGACGGGAGGAAAUUUCACCAUCGGCGGCCCCGAUGAGACCGCACAAGUGCGCCUGGCGCAUGAGCCGUUCGUCCAGCCCGGUUACGCAGAUCUCAAUCCUUCGUACGAGCAGGCUACCAACGCCAAACCGGUAUGGAGUUUGGCAAAACCGCUGCCGCGUGUCGUCAGGCUCGGCAUGGUGCCGACGAAGGACGAAUUGCUGAGGCAUCGCACCAGGGCUGCUCAGCGAUCUGCGGAGAAUUCGAAGAAGAUGGGACUGGACGUCGACCUGAACGAGCUCGAAAAGGGCCAGAUCAAGAAGAGUGCUGACCCGCGGAAGAUGGCGGCGCAGGUGGAAGAUGCCCGGGUGCAGCGCGAGCAUAACCUGAUGAACAAGAUUCUGAGUGGCAGUGGACUGCUGUCCUUGAGACCGUCUUCGUCUUCGCGCUGUUCGAUCACUUCUGCAGACCGCAUGAAGCGGGCGUCGACUUGGGGGAUGCCAUUGCCAACGGUUGACGAAGCAGAGCCCCAGACGGAGGGUGAAGCCCCCAGAGAUAAUGCUCUUGCUCGUGUUCCCACGGAGAACGAUCCGCUGCUGGGCGAUGAUGAAAUGCAGGAAUUGACGGACCUGCCUCCCCUCGACGAGGCUGCUUGUCCCGAUGACCUGCACCCGCUCGUGCAGGAUCUCGUCGAGAACGAAGUGCACAACAACCACACAACCUGGUCGGUGAUUCGUACUCACCACCGUGAAGCACUGGCAGAGUCCCUGGCGGUCUUUGUCCAGCUCACCGUCGGCUUCUGUGCCGAUCUGGCCGUCACCCUGGCCAACGCAGGCAACCCCAACACAACCGGCUGGGCAUGGGGAAUGGCGACGAUGAUGGCCAUCCACAUCUCCGGAGGCGUGUCGGGUGCCCACCUCAACCCAGCAAUCACCGUCAUCCUCUGGUUCUACCGUGGCUUUCCCCAGCGCAAGAUGCCAGGAUACUUCGCUGCGCAGUUCGUCGGCGCCUUCUGUGCCGCCAUCGUCGCCUACAGCGUCUACUACGAGCCCAUCCAGGACUAUAUCAGCUCGAACAACACGGCUAAGGGCAUAAUCAACAGCUUCAUAACCGGACCGCAGACGCCAGCGGUAGCUCCUACAACGGCCUUCUCCAACGAAUUCGUCGGCACCGCCAUCUUAACAAUCACCAUCCUGGCCCUGGGUGACGACCAGAACGCACCCCCGGGGCCAGGCAUGAAUGCUCUCAUGGUCGGUCUUGUCAUCACCUGUCUGGGUCUCACGUUUGCCUAUCAGACCGGCGGUGCCCUCAGCCCGAGUCGUGACUUUGGUCCGCGACUUGCGCUGCUUGCACUGGGAUACGGUCGCGAGCUGUUCACGGCGGACUCGUACUGGUGGUAUGGGCCGUGGCUUGGUGCGCUUUCCGGUGCGUUCGUCGGCGGCUUCUUGUAUGACUUUCUGGUUUUCACGGGCGGAGAGUCCCCGGUUAACUAUCCGCUUGAGCGGACGCAGAGGGCUCUGAGGAAGAGUGUUAUGAGGUGGAGGCGGACGUUGAGGCUGGCUUGAAUUCGAUUUCUGGCUUUGGCUUUUGGUUCAGUGAUGGAGAGGUUUUCGUUUAGACUGAUUUUUCGGGUGUCUGCUUGUCUCGCAUGUAUCUCUGCUCUUCUUUCUUUUGGAUGUUGAUGCCUUCUGUUCCCAUGCAGGGCUAGGACAACAGUAUAGCUUAUGAUAUGCAAUAUUAACCAUUGUUGUUUAUGCUUGGUAAGAAGUAUGCUCGCAUAUUGCGGCCCGCAAUAACCGUUCCGUUUGCGUCAUAUCCAGAACUUCCAGCGUCUU